AUGAAUAUUUUAAACGUAUCUCAACAAACAUCAUACGAUAACAGCAUUGAAAGUUUUGAGUAUCAUUCAUACAAACCAUAUGUAACUAGUUUUAACAAGAAUGACGAAAUACGUAUUCCUAUUAAUCAACAAGACCUGUACGUACUAACUUCACUCAGUAGUUUAUAUAUCGAGGGAAAGGUGAAUGUUUAUAACAGCACCACAAAAGAAAAGGUAUCAAACGUACAUUUUAUCAAUAAUCCCGUGCUAUUUCUUUUUCAAGACAUACGAUAUGAACUUAAUGGAGUAGAAAUAGAUAAAAUUAAGAAUGCUGGAUUUGCAGAAGAUUAUGAAAAAAUUAUAAUUAAUUGUAAACAUGAGUUAGUAUUAUUACGAAGCAAUACAAAUCUUAAUGCGAUCAAGUUAAAUACUGAAUCAGACUUAUAUGAAUAUCCAUUGCUACCCAAAACACGUAAACAUAGUUGGUCUAUAAAAACUUCAUUGCAAAUAGAGAAACCACGAUUUGUGGUCAUCGCCUUGCAAACCAACCGCAAACAUAACGCGAAAUUAUCAAUGGCAGAGUUUGAUCAUUGUCACGCACGAGAUGUAAGAGUCUUUUUAAAUUCAUCAUAUUAUCCUUAUGAAGGGCUGAAUGUCAGUUUUUCAGAAGAUAAAUUUACUUUAUUAUACGAUCAGUAUGCGAGAUUUCAGCAGUCGUAUCAUGGACGCCGGUCAGAGCCGUUGAUGAUGGGUUUAAAGGAGUUCAGAGACGUGGCUCCAUUAUUUGUAAUUGAUUGUUCAAGACAACACGAAACUUUAAAAGGUUCGAUCGAUGUGAGAGUUGAAAUCGAAACAGACCAAGAUAUACCAGAUCAGACAACCGCUUAUUGCUUGAUAUUAAACGACUGUAUAUUCGAAUACAAACCACUGAGUAAUAUCGUUAAGAAAAUAUCAUGA